CUCAGAGGACCACCUGUACGGAUUAGUGUUUGGAUGAUGUAAGCAGUGUUGGAGAGUCGCCGGGACGGCUUCUCGAAAGUAUUCGUCAUGCCACCGUGCUCUUGCGCUAUGGGAGGAGCUGUGCUACUGGACAACAGUCAGCCUUCCGGCUUCCAAACUUUCAGAACUUCGCUCCGUGUCGUCGUCAGCCUCCAGCACACGUCUACUGGAAGUUGGAACGUUGACUAACUGACUGACUGUGCACGCGGCAGGCUUUGUCAGCGUCAAUGGAAAUGCACUUACAUCAUCGCAAGCAGGGCUCCUGAAUCGAUGGCGCAAUCGAUCGGAGUAGUUGCACACACACAUACGCGGUAGUAUAAAACCGUUCGACUCACUUUCAGAUGUUUACCAAGUCAAAUCCACUCCCCACUCUUACAAAAUGACUAUCACCAGCCACUCCAAUGCCGUCUUGAAUGGCAACGAGACCCAUACCCGUAAGAAACUACCGUAUGCCGUCGAUGGUUUCGGCACGCGAGCGAUCCAUGUUGGAUCGGAACCAAACCCCACCACUGGCGCAGUUAUCCCCCCCAUAUCGCUGAGCACGACCUACAAGCAAGACGGUGUCGGUAAUCACAAGGGAUUCGAGUAUUCGAGAUCCGGAAACCCCAACCGCGAUGCCCUCGAAACAGCCCUUGCCUCGUUGGAGGCCGGAGGUGCAUAUGCGCUGGCAUUUUCAUCAGGGUCAGCGACGACCGCCACAGUUGUACAAUCUAUUGGACCCAACGCACACGCUGUGAGCGUGAAUGACGUGUAUGGCGGUACUUUCCGCUAUUUCAAACGAGUUGCAUCGGAAACUCAGGGUUUGGAAACCACAUUCGUUGAUUUUGAGAAUGCAGAUGAUGAUACGAUAUUGGCCUCAUUCAGAGAUAAUACCAAACUGAUUUGGAUAGAAUCACCGACAAACCCCACGUUACGGCUUGUCGAUAUACCUCGUAUAGUUUCCCUGGCACGUUCCCACGUCGCGAAUCCCCUGGUUGUCGUGGACAAUACCUUCCUCUCCCCCUUCUACCAAUCACCUUUACUCCUCGGAGCAGACAUCGUCGUACACAGCCUGACCAAGUAUAUCAAUGGCCAUUCAGACGUGGUCAUGGGUGCCGCGAUCCUUCCCCCACAUCACCUUAUACUCGCCGAAAAGCUCCGGUUCUUGCAAAAUGCGCACGGCGCUGUUCCGAGUCCCUACGAUAGCUGGCUGGCACAGCGUGGUUUGAAGACACUUCAUUUGCGGAUGAAGGCACAUGGCAUUAACGCACUUAAGGUUGCGAGAGCAUUGCAGCAUUCCCCGUACGUCAAGGACGUACUGUAUCCGGGUCUCGAGACAAAUCCGCGCAACGCCCUCGCAUACCGCUUACUGUCACCGCAUGGGAAGAAAUUUGUAGACAACUUGAAAUCGGUGACAGAUGAAGACGGUGUUAGUCCAGAUAGUGAAGGUGGAUUCCCAUACGGUGGAAUGGUGUCCUUCCGGAUUCGCGGAGGCGCGGCGGAAGCUAAACGGUUUCUAACGGCUCUGCGACUGUUCACGUUGGCAGAGUCUCUGGGCGGAGUAGAGAGUCUGGCAGAGCUACCGGCACAAAUGACACAUGGAAGCAUCCCCGAGAGGGAAAGAUCGUUGCUCGGGAUCGGAGAUAACCUCGUGAGGUUGUCGGUCGGAGUCGAAGAAGCAGACGACUUGGUCAGAGAUGUUGAGCAAGCUCUGCAGGUUGCCUUACGUGACGCAGACCACGUGUAAUAUGUACUCCUCUGGAGUUCUUAUUUAUGUAAACUGUCCCCUAACGUAGACAUCUGUUAUUGUUAUUGUUCUAGUUAAGCUGUAUAGUCAGCUGGUGAUUUACUGUCGG